AUGGACCCCGUUACGAAGACAAAUAGCAUUCAAGCACGCCUGGCAUUCGCCGGUACCGUACUUUCCGUUGGCAUCGUAACCUAUCUCGUCAUUAUCUCGAUAUAUCGCCUUUGGUUUCAUCCGUUGGCAAAAUUCCCAGGCCCGGUCAUCAACCGUAUUUCAUGGAUACCUGGCGUCAUCUGGACGCUCAAGGGCCGUACGCCCAUGGAAACCCGCAAGCUGCACGACAUAUACGGCCCCGUUGUUCGCUUGUCGCCCAAUGAGCUAGCUUUCAACACGGUGCAAGCGUGGCAGGAUAUAUACGGCCACAAGCUCGGGCGUCCAGACCUCGAGAAGGACCCGAUCCAUGUCGGCUCCGUCGAUCCUGUCCCUGGUGCUCAAACCAUCUCCAUGGCCGACCGGGAGAAUCACGCACGUCAGCGCAAGGCUCUGUCACACGGCUUUUCCAAGAAGGCUCUGUGGGAGCAGGAGGAUAUAGUACAGGGAUUCGUUGACAAGCUCAUCAACCGCAUCCACGAGUACGCCAGGACGGGAGAGGCUUUCGACAUUGUCAGGUGGUACAAUUUCAUGACUUUUGACGUGAUUGGCGACUUGGCUUUUGGCGAGUCCUUUGGCUGUCUCGAAAGGGGCGAGUUCCAUUUCUGGAUCAACCUCAUCUUCAUGGCGAUCAAGGCCGGCGCCAUCGAGCAGGCUAGCCGCCGCUUCGCCACCCCUGGAAGCUGGUUGCAGAUAAAGAUUCAGCAGUGGUGUCAAGGCAAGCUGCUCCGAAGGCAGCGUGCUGACCACUUGGUAUAUAGCCGAGAGAAAGUCAUGCGACGUAUCCAAAGCAAGAGCGACCGUAAGGACUUUAUCUACUACAUCCUGAAGCAGGGAGAACACUAUGAUCUUUCCCAGAAUGAAGUCAUUGUCAAUGCUGCUCUCUUCAUUGUUGCCGGAAGUGAGACAACAGCCAGCUCCCUGUCUGCUCUUACCAUGUUCCUUCUCAAGCAUCCCCGCUGCUACAAAAAGGUCAUUGAGGAAGUCCGCAACCGCUUCAACUCAGAAGACGAGAUUACUCUAUCCGCCAUGCAGGAUCUGCCUUACAUGAAUGCCUGCUUGGAGGAGGGUCUCCGGCUCUUCCCGCCGGCACCUAUUGGAUUCCUCAGGGUUAUUGACGCCCAAGGAGAUGUUGUCGAUGGCCACCACAUUCCUGGAGGUACUACUGUUUCCGUCAGCUCCUGGUGUGCCAGCCACUCCGCCGACAACUUCAAGCGGCCCGACGAGUUCAUCCCUGAACGCUGGCUCUCCGAAAACACCGAGUUCGAGUCCGACAAUAAGCCGGCGAGCCGGCCCUUCUCUCUGGGCCCGCGUAGUUGCAUUGGCAAGGAUCUGUCAUAUAUGGAGCAGCGCCUGGCCCUCGCUCGUCUUUUCUGGAACUUUGACCUCAAGAACGCCGAUGAUGCGCACGAGUGGGACACGGCCGAUAAUAUGAAGAACAUGAAGGCUUUCAGUACAUGGCAGAAGCCUGGACUAAACGUCUACGUUACGGACCGUAAGAUGGCCGGCAGCAAGUACUGGAAGCAGCAGAAGUAG